AUGGUCGCUAUCCCUACGUAUUUACUAGCUUCGUCGGCCAUUUCUCAUCUCGGCUCUCUUGUGUCUCGCGAUCCAGUACCAGUACCAGCACCUCAUCCUGAUUCUUCCAGUAAUUCAGCGUCGUCUUCAACGGCAUUUGGCUCCGUGUUAGGACCUCUCAUUUCUUCCCAAUUUGCCGAUCCGGCCAUCAUUCACGUCGAUGGCACUUCUUAUGCAUUCGCCACAAACAACCGAGGCGUUGGUUCUGAUCUAGUGCAUGUCCAAGUCGCAACCUCAACUGACAACCAUACUUGGACAUUGUUGGAACACCAUGAUGCUCUGCCUCAGGUUGGCGCAUGGGAGACAGGUGUCCGUGUAUGGGCACCGGACGUUGUUCAGUUGGACGACGGCUCCUUCGUUCUCUACUACACCGACGAAGUUGCAACGAGCAGAUCACACCAUUGCAUCGGCGCCGCAACCUCGAAAUCAGUAUUAGGACCCUACACCCCACUCGACCAACCCCUCGCCUGCCCCGACGUCCACAAGCUCGGCGGUGCGAUCGACCCCGACGGGUUCUACGACCCAUCCACCCACAAGCGAUAUGUCCUGUACAAGACCGACGGAAACUCCCUCGGCCACGGCGGCACAUGCAGCAACACGAUCGCACCCAUCAUGCCCACCCCGAUCAUGCUGCAGGAAGUCUCGAUGCACGACGGCAUCACCCUGAUCGGCAACGCAGUGCAGCUGCUCGACCGCGACGUGACCGACGGACCACUGAUCGAAGCACCCUCACUCCACCGCUCGUGCGAAGGCAUCUACUUCCUGUUCUACUCGUCCAACUGCUUCACGACACCCAUGUACGACGUCGCAUACGCGACCGCCACCAACAUCAACGGGCCGUACACGCGCUCGAACCAUCCAUUGCUCAUCACCAGCGACUCGAAUCUCGUCGGGCCCGGUGGCCUCGAUAUCAUCCGUGGUGGCGACAUGGUCGUCUUCCACAGCCAUCUGACCGUCGAUAACGACCCGGCCAUGAAGAAGAAGGCCGAGAAGAUCUCGCAUGAUACCAACACCCCGCUUGCAGACGUCAAGCUGCCGCUUGUCAGGGGUCUGUGGACCGCCAAGGCCACUUUCUCGGGUGACACUGUUAGUUUGGCGUGA